ACAUCUUGAUGAAGCUAAAAGAAAUGGUAUAAAGAAAGGUGUAAUUAAUGGUGCAACAAUGGGUUUGUUGUGGUUUAUCAUUUGUUGUACAUAUGCAUUAGGACUUUGGUAUGGAGCAAAAUUAAUUCGAGAUGAAGGGUAUAAUAUUGGUAAAGUUUUGAUUGUAAGUUAA